AUGGCUAUUACGGGUAUACCUCAAAUGAUCGAUGCCAUAUGUUUAAUUGUAUAUUACCGGGAUACUCAUAACUUAAUUGCAGUGGUUUGGAUAAAGCUUAACUUAGAAAUUUUUUUACUCGUAAUUGACACUAAUGAAGUGUCCUUUAAGCUUAGACACAUUAAGGCUAGCAGUUUUGAAAAAGUUUCAGGAAGUACAAUACUAUGUUCUUACUUGAAAUUGAAACGACUUGGAAUUUCAAGUAGAAACACUGUACUGGCAUCCGGGGAUGUCAACAGUCUCAUAAGCUUUUUAGCUUUGUACUCUUGUUUAAUAAGGGCUGAUAAAUGA